AUGAAGCACAGCGUACCGUGGGAUAAGAAUCCCUUUCCCAGAGAUAGCAAGCAUGGUGCCGGACGGUCAGUCUCAAUAUCCAGUCGAACCCCCAGCAUUUUUUCUACCACCCCAGAACUAUCAACGGCCAUGAUUAGUGCAGAAACUGAAGUAUACACCUACAAUACCGAAGACGAGCCUCGAAGAGCUUCAUAUUACUCGGGAUCAAUUUCUUCCAAAAAAUUACCUGUUGGCGGAGAUGCUACCAAAAUGCACGGAGACAAUCCUCUACACAUUCCUUUGUGGAAAAAUACAGAGCAAACCGAAGAUAGUUCUACUAGUGAAAAAAAAGCAUCUAAAAAGAACCGAAAAUCCGGUCCGGAGUCUAUGAUAUUUUCACAGUCCAACUUUCUAUCAAAAGCUACUACGUCAAUACUAACAUCACUUAAGUCUCCACUCCGAAAAAAGUCCCAUGAUAGUAUUCCUAUUUCUUCCCCAAUGCUCGACAAAAAUGAUCCUCACAACAAUUUCUACGGCCCACGCAAUCCCUCGAUGCCUUCCAGUCCAGCGAGAACCCUCAAAGAACCAGCAUUUCCAGUCACGUCGCGGAAGAAUUCGAAAAAUCUUGAUCCCGCCGAUGCGCUUCCACUACGAAGCUUUGAAUCUUAUUCUAAUCCAUCAAGCCCCCACACUCAGUUAGCCUUUGCGGAAAACUCCAAUCAGCUUGGUCUUCCCCGUAGCGGAGACUUUGACGCGGUUAGUAGUGCUGGAAGUGCUGGCUCCACUGUAUAUUCACCCUACCUGCCCACCACGCACACCACACCCGUCACGCCAAGAAUGAUGAGCCGAAGUGAAAUUAAGGCACAGAAGAAACUAGAAGCCAAAAAGCCCAUCACGGAUAUGGUCCAGCGUGACGAAGAUAUGUGGUAA